CUGCCUUAGAAGUGUUGGGAUACCAUGUAGUGGCAUCUUCCUCAACAUCUGUGAAGCAAGAUUACAAUGAGUAUAUGUGGACUAUGAGAAAAGAUUUUUCUGAGCCUGAGCCAGUGCCUGCACCCAUUACAGCGAAGCCAAGUGCUUGAAUAUUCUCCUGUUUUUAAAAUUUGAUCGGUUCCACGUUGACAUGGCUAGUGUGUUUUACUAUGUGGCUGUUAAAGGGGCUUUGUCUUCUAAUGAUUGUGACGUAUUUGGAUUGGACCCAGAAGAAAUUUCCGCUUUAGGAAAACUUUUCCCAAACUCAAAGACUCAAGUGAACAAUGGUGUUGUAAUCAAAGGACCCCCCAUUACAGUUAUUAACACGCUGUGCCAGCUUGGUUACAAAGUUGUGUCAUCAACUGGUGAAAUUGAAAUAACGUGGACUCUUCAAAGAGAGACCAGUCCAUCUCUCAAGAAAAAAGAGAAAACAAAAAAUACUCUAGAUGAACUUGAAUUUGAAAGGAGUUUGGGUUAUGCAGCACUCUGUGGAGAAGUUGACAAGGUUGAGCAGCACUUGCGCAAGGGGACCAAUGUGAAUUGCUAUGAUUCUGGUGGUUAUGCCCCACUCCAUUAUGCAGCACGCAAAGGUCAUAUAGAUAUUGCACAUCUUUUGCUUCGCAAUGGUGCAGACAUUAAUAUCCGAACAAGAGCUGGUAAAGUUACUCCGCUACUUCGAGCAGCUUAUUCAGGAAAGGAGAAAAUGUGUAAGUUUCUCGUAGAAAAGGGUGCUGAUGUCAGAGCUGUCGAUGAUGAUGGACAAUCUGUGGUUCAUCGCGGCAUAAGUUCUGGAAAUUUAUCCCUUGUGAAGUAUUUUAUAAGCAUCGCACCAGAACUGAAGACACAGCCAGAUAAGAGAGGUCAAGCACCCUCUGAGGUUGUAAUCAGUGAUCUGUGAGGCUUGAGAGUAUGCUAUGAUUGUAUACCUCUUGUCCUGAUAUGAAAUGUUUUCAAUUCAUUAUGUUAGUAUUAUUUAUUUUUAAUGAACUGAACUGAUCCAGACAAAUUCUGAUGCAUCUUCUGCUUUUGUUAGCAAUGCAUUGGUUGUAUUUCUGUUCCAAAGCAGAGCUGUUGCGUCUUCUUAAGUCCUAGUAGGGACUUCUCUUUUACCAUGUUAUGGAAUCGCCUUCUGUCUUUUGGAGAGGGGUGGGGGAAGUACUAUGUUGGAGGUACUUAAAUAGCUUGUUUAUUUUUUUCUCCUUAAUUUAUUUGUUGAAUUGUUUGCAUCAUUUGCCUCUUGUUUAAAAAGUCAGCAAUAAUUUCUUGCAGAUUUGAUUAUAUUUAAGUUGUCAUUUUGUGCCAUGGUUUUUGCUUUAUUGGCUCUACAUCACUUUUACCAAUUCACUUGUGAUUCCUGUAUAAAUUUUGUAGUUUUACAAUUUCUUUUCUCUUAUUUUAUAUUUAAAAAAAAAAAACUGGAGGUGUUGAUGUUUUCUUUUAAUAUGUUGUGCCAUUCCUGUUGAAUUCUGUUCCUUCCCACAUCAUUCUUUUGAUUUUAAAAGAAGAAAGCCUCUUGAUGUUUUCUUUUGCUGUGGUCUCUUUUCAUGUAAGAUUGACAGUGGCCAGUGUUCCAUCGUCAGUUAUUGCUUCCUUUUUCCAUCUUGUAGAUCAAUGACAAGCAUUCAUUUCUGCUAGUAGUCCUAAGUUACCUUAUUACCUACUUAUUUACCUAUUGUUCCAUAGAUCAAAUAUGCAUUUACUUGUACGGAAUAUUGAAGCAGCGAUGAUUUUUGUAUUAUAGUAAUUCAAGGCCUAUUGCAAUUAAUUUUAAGUCAGCAGUGAGUUAUCCUGUGAAAACUCCUGAUUGUAUUUGUGGACUCACACACUGGGCAAAAUAACUUUCCCUCUUUUUGAAAAUCUCACUGUUAUGCAUGCAAAUGUCAUCUUGCUUAUAGCAACAUCAAAGAUUUCAGAGAUACCAGUAUUACUUGUUUCUUGAAAACAUGAAUAUUACUUACUGGUAUCUAUGAGUAAAGAUAAAUUUGUUUGCGUGCCUAUGUAUGUGCCUUGUGUGACAAUCUGAAACAUCACCACUAAUUAAUUUGCAAAUGCACAGUUCUUUUUCCUGUCAACCAAGAUAAAUAAAAAAACUGAAAAAAGGUA